CUUUUAUCUCUAGGCUCUAUUCUCAGUGGAUAACUUCAUUCACUAUAUGACCGUGGCCUUGGAAAUGCUCAUGAAUGAGGUUCCUCGUAUGAUUGUUAAUGUGGUUCAGAUCCUGCCCAUGCACACUCUUAGAGAGGUGCAGAAACCCACCCCUGGAUGUCUGCUCCAAAGGUCUUUCUGUUCAUGUCUGAUUGAGCCAGUUCCCAGGUCUCCUGAACUGCAGGAGAUGGUAGAAGUCAAUUUGGAGUUCCAGAAAAGACUUGAAAAGCUGCUGAACAGCGAUCGCUUCUUUAGGGAUGACUUUGCAGUCAUUCUUCAGCCCUUUCUGAAACACGCUGACCCUCCCCGCCUCCCGAGUGGGAAGAUAGAUAUGACCUUCUUCACUCACGACUGCUUCCACUUCACCAUAAAGGGACACGAGGAGCUGGCCAAAGGGCUGUGGAACAACAUGUUUCAGCCUGAGGGAGGAAAAAUGAUUGUGAGCAGUUUCUCUGACCCCAUCAGUCUCAUCUGUCCUCCUAUGGAACAUCCGUAUAUCUUCACCAGACCCAUUGCCGCAAACUCAGGCCAGUCUCACCAGCAGUCUGAUGCUCGGUCACAUGCUGUCACCUUCCUGCUGCUCUUGCUCCAUGUGCCUUUGAGAUGUCUUGGACUCGUGUAGCUCUCACUCUGAUGAACUUUUCACGAAUAUGUCACCUCCACAUUUGCUUCAGAUGAGGUGAUGAAGUGGAUCACUCCCAAAGGCGAGUUUUAGAGCUACCCUCCUGAGUGCCCCUGAGAGCACCGUAGAGGAUUUUUUUUUUAAGCUUUAAAGAUGAAGAAUGAUUCCUACAUCCCUAAUGUCAAAUGUUACGUGGCAGUUGGCGGUUUAAAUAUGAAAGACUUGAAGAAUGUGUUUGUGAGAAACUUUUUUUUGAGACUGUUUCUGCUCUUAGCAGAACAUUUUCUAUAUUGAUUUAAUAUUUAAAUACACUUUUCCUGGGGCAAGAUUACUUUCCUACCCUGACCAUACACUAACUGAUGUGAGGGUAAGAUCUUAUGUGUUCCUCCCACAAUUGUAAUGAAAAGUAAACUUAAGGUGUAAGUUUUAACUACAUUUACAGAUAAAAUGCCCAGAUUCAUUUUGCAUAAAGUCAAACUUUUGAAUUGUUAAUG